GCUCCUAGUUCGGCACACUCGCUCCAACCAGCGCUUCCUAGUUCGAGCCGGCAGCCCUCUCGACUCCCCCUCCUCGUCAACAUGAAGGUCCUCGUCGUCGUCGCCUGCUUGCUGGCAGCUGCCAUCGCCCAGGAUUACUCUGAGUGCAUCACCAACCCCUCGAAGUGCAAAGACAAGAUCCCCGGCGGGUCCAACUUCCCCGACAUCCCCGAGAUCCCCGGCUUCCCCGGCGGCUCCUCCGGCGGCUCGUCCGGCGCGUCCGGCAGCAGCAGUGGCAGCAGCGGCAGCAGCGGCGGCAACGGCCUCCCCAACUUCCCCGGCAGCAACUUCAUCCCCUCCGUCCCGAACGUCCCCAACGUCCCCACCAUCCCCGGCGUGCCCAGCAUCCCCGGCGCCCCCGGCGCUGGCUCGUCUGGCUCUGGCUCCGCCUCUGGCUCGUCCUCCAGCAGCUCCUCGUCAUCGUAG